AUGGACAGCCUCCCAGCCGAAAUACUUCUCUGUAUCGCUGAGUGCAGUACCACCCUGCCAGAACUGCUCAAGUACAGACGCAUCUCGCGCCGUUUCAAGCAAGUCGUCGACACCAAGUGCAAACCUCAUGCUUUGUACCUGCUGCGCCGCAAAUCCAUUCCGAUAGAAGUUGACGACGCACUACUUGCUAUCCGCCUGAAGCGCAUACCCUGGGAGUCAUGCUGCCAUUACGACCACGCACGAGGCGACUAUUCUUUCUACCCUUCAAAAGACUUCUUCGAGGCCGUUCUGAAUGAGACUGAAGUGCCGCCAGGCUGUCCCUCUAUUCCAGCCGCAACUUGGUUGCAAGAGGUCGAGGCUGUCAUGGACCUGUACCUGUUGGUGUUGGCCUAUAUGUCUACCGGCCAGCACUGUUCAUUGAACAUCCAACAGCAUUACCUUGGGGGCUAUUAUCUUGAACAAAUUGACUCGCCCUACGAAUGGCCAAAGCCCCAGACAGAAGCCAUGAUCCGGUCGCACUUCCGCCUGUUUGUCUUCACAACUGUGUACGCACCACGUGUUUUUGUUGAGCCUCUUGCCAGCAUUUCAGCUAUAAUGGACAACACUCCGAUACCGGACGUCACUGCUAUAACGGAACACCGGGUAGCUUUAUUGAUGGAAGAAAUGGCGAAAUACCCUGUGUUUCAGAAGUUGCAACUGCCCUUGGAGGAAAGAACAACACAUCCGCUCCUUGAUGGCUUUUUUGAGUGGCUAUACGCCCAGCCCGAACCCCGCGAAUUCCUAGUGCUCCCUGAUGGCUUCCAGGAUCCAGGUAGUGGCCACCCAGGCGACCGCUUAGUUGCCCUCAUGCAGCUGUGGAAGAUACACCAGAUAAUGGAUGAUCGAGAGUGUGGUAACGAACCAAUACCUGAGUAUCAUGUUGCAUCUCAAUUCAACCCGAUACAGCCAGGGCUCACUGACCCAGCUACCGCCUAUCGCCGACCCCUUCAAAUUUCGAUUUGGUCUGAGCCCCAGCUUAUCAUCGAAAGUUGGACAGAAGACAACGCUUGCUCAGUGGUGCUAGAGGUUCCGGGAGAGACGCGUAACGAUCACAUCAAGAGAUUCGUUCUACUGAAGAUGAAUUAUUCGGGGGGAUUCAAUGCCUUUAGCAGGGUGUUUGAGACUGAACUCAAGAACAGAUUUGGCUUGAGAUAUGUUCCUCAAGAGGUGACAUCUCUAGAUAUUGACUAUGGCGUGUUGGACCCGAGACCUGAAUUGGAGGAAUGGGAAUAG